UGGAGCGAGCCUACAACACCGGACGUGUCUCUCUGGAGGAUAUGGUAGAAGCGGCCCAUCUGUCGUCCGAUUCCCCCCUUUUCGUUCCUCCUUUCUCGCUCCCGCCGGAAGACAGAUUAUUCCUCUUGCCCCACGACGAGUUUAUGGCGUACCAAAGGUUGAACGAGAUGUGGUGCGACGGUCUUGCCGGGAAGAUAGCAGAGGCGGAGGCGCGAGAGCAGCCGAAGCGCGAGGACGCGGGGCGCUUGGCGGACGGGAGGCUGCUCUGGCUGCUGCGGCGAGGAAGCAGGAGGAGGAGCGUGAGGCUGUUCGGGCUGCUGCGGCGAGGAAGCAGGAGGAGGAGCGUGAGGCUACUCUGGCUGCUGCGGCGAGGAAGCAGGAGGAGGAGCGUGCGGCUGUUCUGGCGAAGCGAGAGGCGUAUCUCCAAGCGGCUAGGGCGAAGCGGGGGGCGCUCCGAUCGCGGCUGA